GCCCGCCAAGUUGGUGCUACGUUGUUUAUUUUGCUAACAGGAGUGCUGCUGCUGCUCCUAUAGCAUUUCACAGACAGGCUGGUCAGUGAAAAAAGUUUGUCUGUUCUGUACUGUCAGCGUUUGUCCCUAAUUUUUGUGGAGACUAAACUGGAAGAAGAGAGGAAUCUGAUGGCAGAUUUGGACCUCCUGCAUCACAUCUUCACCAAGACAGACAAAGUGGCAUUUCCUGACUGUUCCCAUCCCCGUCUGAGUUAUCUGACACCCAAAAAUACGGCUAACGGGGAAGCAGGGAGACGAGGCACCCACAGCCUUAUCCCGUCACCUGACCAAACGCCAUGCAAAUCACUCUGCUGCUGGAGCCUCAUUGGCCGCUUGUGGCUCAUUUAACCGCUGUCAGUGCGCAUCAUAUGGCCGCCGCUUUAACCAACUUCUCAACUCCGACGGGGAAAGUGGCUCCAAUGCGCAUUCUAUCACAGUGGAUGUGAACCAACCCAGGCGAAGACAGGGUGAAAACUGGUUGGAGAACAUUUUACAUCCCUUUUCGGAUUAAUUUUGAUCUCGUACUGAUUCAUCCGGGCUUAGAAUCUUAAUUUUGUAAGCCAGUCCUCCUGUGCGCACCCGAUCUCGUGCGCCCGAGCUAACUCGAAAUAGACUUUUUUUUUCUCUGUUGGUGGCGAAGUUUAAAACCAGGUGAAUGUAUAGCAUGAUGAUGGAAACUGACCUCCAUUCCCCCGGCCCCCAAACGAACACGACCACGGGUCAAACGGGGCCGAACAGUGGGUCCAAAGCGAACCAGGAGCGGGUGAAAAGACCGAUGAACGCGUUCAUGGUGUGGUCCCGUGGGCAGCGGAGAAAGAUGGCACAGGAGAACCCCAAAAUGCACAACUCUGAGAUCAGCAAACGGCUGGGCGCCGAGUGGAAGGUGAUGUCCGAGGCUGAGAAGCGCCCUUUCAUCGACGAGGCGAAGCGGUUGCGAGCCAUGCACAUGAAGGAGCAUCCGGAUUACAAGUACCGGCCCAGACGGAAGACCAAGACGCUGCUGAAAAAGGACAAAUAUUCCCUCGCCGGUGGACUGCUUUCUGGGCCCAGUGGGGGCGGUGGAGUUGGUUUAGGAGUCGGAAUGGGUUCAUCCGGGGUCGGACAGAGGUUAGAGAGCCCCGGGGGUCACGGAGGCUCCGCCAGCUCCGGCUACGCGCACAUGAACGGCUGGGCGAACGGUGCGUACUCGGGGCAGGUGGCUGCUGCCGCGGCGGCCGCAGCGAUGAUGCAGGAGGCUCAGCUCGCCUACAGCCAGCACCCGGGGAGCGGAGCGCACCACCACCACCACUCACACCACCAUCACUCACACAACCCCCAGCCGAUGCACCGCUACGACAUGACAGCCCUGCAGUACAGCCCCAUCUCAAACUCUCAGAGCUACAUGAACGCUUCUCCAUCCGGCUACGGCGGGAUCACCUACACGCAGCACCAGGGCUCCGGCGUCUCCUCCUCGGCUGCCAUGGGGACGUUAGGGUCGCUUGUGAAGUCGGAGCCGAGUCAAAGUGUCCACCACGGCUAUCACCAGUGGACAUGGAUCACCGAGGGGGCCUGUGAUUAACAGAUAGCACCUUGUCUCCUCCGCUGGCAGGCCAUCAUUACGACGAGCCCUAGAAGAUAGGUUCUGUGGGAGAAAAGACCUUUUGGAAAAUGUCAGCGACAGUCAAAGCCCCAAAUUUUCCUCCAUUCACUCUUUACCAUGUGAUGCUACCUACUCUAAACCCCUUAAUUACGCCACCCCAUCUUUCCUUUUGCCUAAUGUUUUGUAUCUAAGUACAGUGUCUGAUUUCAGAGCAUGUGGAGAUUUUAUUUUGUCUUAUGUGGCUUACCUGAAGAUUUAAAAAAAAAAAAAAAAAGGGAAAAAAAAAGGAAAAACAGCCCUAUAUUUCACCCAUAUCAGCAAAACCAAGCACUAUCAAACAAACAAAAAAACAGCAGUGUCUGCAACAGCUCCCCUUCCCCAGUCCCUUUCACUGGAGCCAGCUUCACUGUCUUAAUACUCUUAGUCCCUCAGUUGGCAUGUUUUCCAAGAACGCCGCUGCAUUUCCAGAUUUGUAAAAUCCGUCAAAAUGCCUGUAAUGAAUAUUUCUACAGCCUUGAUUGUGUUUAAUAUGCUGUUUGACCAGCCCAAUAAGAAACAUGUACUGAUCUGGCACCAGAGGGACCGCAGCAUCAGUAGAAGGUUUAUUGUCCGGGAAAAAAAAAAAAAAAAAAAAAAAACACGUCUGGACUGUCUUUUAUCAAGUGAAGCAGAAACAUUUAUUAUUCAGAUAAUCUCUUCUUUCCUGUGCAUGAAUCUACAUGUCAUUUGUCAUUUGAUUUUUUUUUUAAAAAGCUACUACUAUUAGUACAGUUGUCUUCAUGGAUUAACUGUCAUCUUGUGAGACAGGUCUUUGUUUCUCUACACCUACAUUGUACAGUCUGUUUUACUGUUGUUUUAGCUUUGCUGGAGAAAAAAAAAAUUAAUAACUCCUUUGCAUUUUAUUGCUGCUUAAGAAUAAAAUGUAGAGCUUUC